GAUUGCUGGCUGCCCAUAUUAUUUGGUGAGUUGGAGUGGAAAAAAGAGCCUUGGACCUCAGCGGGACCUUCUCCCUUUCCAUAGUACAAGCAUCCUGCCUGGCUGCUCUGGGCCAUAGAAUCUGUAAUCAUAUUGUUCAAGACUGCAUCAGAUUCCCUAGGCUUUUCUUUCUGGGGCUGAUGGGCAGCAUGGGUAACUAGAACAGUAUGAGGGCAAAAAACCCCCAACCCCACAAUGCAUCAGACCACCCAACUCCACCCAAAGCAGUGGCGAGUCACAUCAGUGAACAGCCUCCUUCUCCUCUGCACCCCAAAUCCCAGGGGUACCAAGCAGGGAGCAAUCUUCCCCCUUCACAUUCACAAAAAAAUCUAGGAUUUUCAUCUCCCAAUUGCAAGAGUUCCCAUAAGUUGGGAACUUACUGCUUUCUUGAAGGAGAUCUUUGGGGGAUCUUGUUCUCAUCUGCCCUUUUGGCUUCAUUCUACAGCUUUCCCCAGCAUAUAGAUAACCUAAAUUUGUCCCUGAACUUUAGGAAUAAUGCAGAGAGAAGGGAAGCCUAAUCCAAAGGGGAGAGAGUUUUUCCCUUAGUUUGUGAUUGGCUUUUGUUCCAUCCUUCCCACCCAUCCUCUUCGAGAAGCAUCAGCCCUUAGGGUGGGGCAUUCAAACUCCCCACUUGCUUCCCUUACUCCCCCACCCCUGGACCUCUAACUCCCUGGGAUGGGCUAAAGACCUAGAGGGUGGGGCAGUUCUAAGAGGUCGGUGGAACUGCUCCAGGCAACGGCUCCAGAGUAUUAAAGGGAGAGGUCCUUCAUCAAUAUUUCAGAGCUCUGGUGUCCCCAGACUCAGCAACACCAUGUAUCCAGCUGUGCUCUUUCUGCUACUUGCCUUCUACUCCAUCCCAGGAAAGACACAAUAUACAGCCUUCACUUCUGCACCUCUCCAAGAAGAAAUCCGAGAACUAGAAUGUGGUCGACCUCUUCGGCAGGACCGCAUUGUGGGCGGCUCUGAUGCACCUGUUGCAAAGUGGCCUUGGCACGUAAGUGUCAACAUAUUUGGGCAUCAAAUAUGUGGUGGCUCCCUCAUCUCCGAGUCCUGGGUUGUCUCUGCGGCUCAUUGUUUCUUAUUCCCAGACAACUUCUCUCUCAUUCCACCAAAGCUAUUUAAUGUUGCUGUGGGUGUGCACUCUCAACUCUCUUUAAUGCUAAACCCAGAGGCAUCAGAUGGCAUGCAUCAGAUAGUGAAUGUGUCAGAUAUUCUGCUUCAUGAAAAUUACUCCAAUUUGGACCUUGGAAAUGACAUUGCUUUAUUGCAUCUUGCUGAGCCUGUCAACUUCACAGAGUACGUGCAGCCCAUUUGUUUGCCCCGAGCCAAUCACAGUUUCCCUCAUGGAGCUUCCUGCUGGGCCACAGGUUGGGGAGAUGUCCAAGAGUCAGUACCACAAUCGCUCCUGUCAGGCUUGAUACUCCAGCAAUUGGAACUGAAGAUCAUUGGACCCAAAGAAUGUCAGUGUCUCUUCAACUCCAAUGGUCCCUUUAAUAUUACUGUGAAAUUGUUACCUACUAUGCUCUGUGCUGGCUACAAGGAAGGGAAAAGAGAUGCCUGUCAGGGGGACUCUGGAGGCCCACUUGUCUGUGAGGAACAAGGCCAGUGGUUCCUGGCUGGAAUCACCAGUUUUGGCCAUGGCUGUGCAAGGAGGAACCGGCCAGGGAUCUUUGUAAAUGUGGCGGCCUUUGAAGACUGGAUCAGGGAUCGAGUGGAAGGCGCAGCUUUUCCUGAGCAACCUGAACCUAUCCCAGCACCUUUGGUAGAAGACUCUGACAACUGUACUAUUGCCUUGCCAGAAUGUGGCAUUGCUCCCAGACCUGGUGACUGGCCCUGGAAAGCUGUAAUAAUUACUCCAGCAUCUACACCCUGCCAUGGGGUGUUGGUAGCAGAGAAAUGGGUUCUCGCACCAGGCAGCUGCUUUCUGGGCCUAAAAGACAUCAGUAGUUGGCAGGUGAUGCUUCCACCCAAGGCACAAAGGAUACCUGUCCUCAGUGUACAGUUUAAUGUCAACUUCACGUACGAUUAUGAGUAUGACCUGGCCCUCUUGGAGCUAGCAGUACCAGUGUCUUUUACUGAGGAUACAAGGGCCGUGUGUUUACCCCGUCUGCAUCACUACUUUUUGCCCAGUAGCCAGUGCCGUCUGAUCCAAUGGGGCCGGGGAGAGCCACCCCUGGCUUCCCCGUCCCUAUUGGAAGCUGAAAUGACAUCUAACUGGUGGUGUUAUUGCGUCCGUGGCUCGAAUGUGGACGUGGUACCCGACCCCUUGGAGAAUCCUAGCAUCCUGUGUGCUGAAUACCAUGAAGAGGAGAAAAAUGGCUGUUGGAUGGGAAGCCGCUGGGGCCUCCUGUGCGAGGAAUCGGGAUCCUGGUUUCUGGCAGGUAUUUCAAAGCCUGCAGACGAUUGUCUUCGGCCUCGGGUCUUCUCCCCUCUACAACUUCGAAGCUAUUGGAUCAAGAGUACAGCCCUUACCUCCUACAUGGAGGAUCAGCUCAACUGGGACUUUACGGCUGUGACAACCUUUUUAUUAUUCUGUCCCUCCAAAACCUUGUUUGGAGCUUGUGGCAUUCAGUCAUACAAAGAUAGUAACCCAUGGCCCUGGGUGGCAGAGGUGCACAGUGCCAGAGAUGAAGCUUGCAUGGCCACUCUAGUGAGCCCUGGUUGGGUCCUCACAGACAUUCGUUGUGUGGCCAGGCAUGGAUUCAUAGCGUCCCGUCUACAGGUUAAACUGGGUAGAACACGUUUUGGUACUCCAGGCCAGGUAUCAAGGCCAGUCAGCAGCAUUCAGUACACCAUGGGAUCACCCCUAGUCCUACUGCAGCUAGAGACCAGGGUAGAAAUGUCAGCUUCUGCUCUGCCAAUCUGUCUCAAUUCUGGGCCAAUUUCAGAAGAUGUGCCCUGUUGGGUGCUAAGCUGGGAAGAUUCUGUAAACCGAGUCCCCAUGGUGGUACAGGUCUCCAUCUUGACCCCAGAAGAAUGCCCCUACCUCAACGACCCCACCCUACCUCUGGGAACCUUCUGUGUGGCAUAUGGCGGCAAAAGACUAGACAAAUAUGAGGUUGACUCAGGCUCAUCUCUCAUGUGUCAACGAGGACCUGACUCCUGGAUGCUGGUGGGCAUUUCAAUAAGGGGAAGCCAAGAACUGUUUGCUCCAGUGAGGACCCAACAGUCUUGGAUCUCGCAGACUGUGUGGGAUGCACCCUUUGUGUGGGCCGAUGGGAAAGAAGAAGUUUCCUGUGGUGUGGCCCCUCAGGCACGAAUUGUGGGCGGUACCAAUGCUUCCCCUGGCCAGUGGCCUUGGCAGGUCAGCAUAACCUACAAUGGCAUCCAUGUAUGCGGUGGCUCUCUUGUAUCCAAACAGUGGGUGCUGACCGCUGCCCACUGCUUCCCAAGGGAGCAUAGGUUGGAGGAUUAUGAGGUGAAGCUGGGGGCCCAUCAGCUCAGCACCUAUAACCCUGAUGCAGUGGUCAUGACAGUAGCCAAGGUCUUCACCCAUCAUAACUAUGUGGAAGAGGGCUCACAAGGAGACAUUGCUCUCCUUCAACUGAAGUCUCCUGUGACCUUCUCGAGAUCCAUCCGUCCUGUCUGCCUACCAGCUGCCAAUGCCUCUUUCCCCAAUGGACUCCAUUGCACCGUCACAGGCUGGGGCAACACACACAGCUUAGUGAGUCUUUCUAACCCCAAGAUCUUGCAGCAGCUGGAGGUACCUUUGAUUAGUCGAGAAACAUGCAACUGUCUUUACAACAUAAAACCUGAUCCUGAUGAGCCACAUGUUAUCCAGCCAGAUAUGGUGUGUGCUGGCUUUGUACAAGGUGGUAAAGAUGCCUGCCAGGGAGAUUCUGGAGGGCCACUCUCUUGCCCUAUGGGAGGCCGCUGGUUCCUAGCUGGUGUUGUGAGUUGGGGAGAUGCUUGUGGGGCUCCCAACCGGCCUGGAGUCUAUACUCUGACCUCCAGCUAUGCUUCAUGGAUACACCAGAAGGUCUCCGAGAUCCAGACUCACUAUGUGCCUGUGACCCAAGAGUCCCCUUUGGAUAUAGACCUGUGCAAAAAGGAACUGGGCAAGCUCAAUUCAGCCUCAGCCCUUUUAGCCCCAAGCCUGCUGCUGUUCCUUAGCGUGUCAGUCUUUUAUCACCUCUUGCUUUAGAAAGAGCAAGAUUUCUACAGACUUUGCUUGGUUUUGCUGGAGGGCUCAGUCCCUUACCCACUCACUGCCUCCUGGACAACUGACACUUUACUGGUCUGCCUCUAACCCUAGAGGACUGAAACACUCUCUUCUCAUUGGGACUUGAAACUUCAGAUUGUGGAAUUGUGGUCCACCUUUAAAAUCAACUCCCAAUAACGUCAGACUCGGAUUCCUCAUCUGUAAAAUGAGAGGACUGAAUUAGACAGCCUCUGAAAUCCUUUCCAGAUCUGGAGCUAUUAUCCCUCGAGCACUGAGGAGGAACUAAGGGGACGUCCUCACCUUUGAGCCAGCUUCUUCCACACCACAACAGCAAUGGAUUAAUGGUGUGUGGUUUGUGGCCUGAGCCUUUCUUCAUUCUCAAGAUUUGUGGCUGUUGUCUGAGGUCUCCCAAUGCAGACUUUGGUGGAUAACCUGAGACGCUUCUUGUCUGGGACAGGUACUUCUCUGGCUACCACUGGAGAAUUUUGCUGCUCUUCUGGAGUACUUGCCCCUUCACCCUGAACCCGUGUCAGCUCAGAGAUUUGGUGGAGACUGGCCACCACAAAAACCAACCUCAGUACUGGUUCUCAUGUUCUACAGACAAAUAACCCCCUCCAACAGAGAGCAGCUGUGUGCCCGUAACAUGCCUCUUCAUGAAGGACUGGCUUCUACUGGCUGAGCAUCCCCCUAAAUCCCAAAGGCAGUUAACAACUAGCCCUUCCUACACAGGACCCUACCCUGUAGCCACCUGUUAUUGGACUCCCUCCCUCCUCCUCUACUGUACCCUGGAGGACUGAGCCACCCCUGGGAAAGGACUGAGGGGUGAGGGUGUGUAUGUAUGUCUGUGUAUGUGUAUUUGUACACAGGUGCAUGCACUGUAGGGGAAGGCAGUACAUCAGUCCUAUUGAACACAAUAAAUCAUUUGUAUAAGCAACAA